UCAUUCAUAGAGAAAGUAAACUCUGUGACCACCUCUAACAUAAAGAAACAUAUAUAAUCAAGCUAUAAAUCUACAUUUAUUUUCCCAAGGACUCUGUUCCACCGAACGCCGCCGUGAUUUACCAAUCGGAAACCAUGAAUUCCGACGCCGACGAAGGACUUGACGAUCCACUUGACAACCUCUCAAAAAUCCAAUCAAAAAUGGAAAAUCUCCACACCCUCUUAUCCGAUUCACUAAAAACCAACACAAUCAUCCCACAAUCUCAUAUGCAAUUCAUCUCUAAUGAAAUCACUCAUGCAAUCACUCAACUUAUCUUAAAUGGCACAGCCCUUGUUUCAUUUUCUCAGUCAACCCCACCGUUGACUUUACCCAAAACUUUGUCGGAUUCUGGUUUCGAGAGUUUUAAGGAUGGCCAUGUUGGUCUUUCAACGUUUUCGAAAACCGAAGAACAAGAUGAUGGUCAUGAAGAAGAUAUUGUUGAGCUGGAUGCUGUUGAAUUGCUGGCUGAACAUUUACAUUUUUGUGAUUUUUGUGGUAAGGGUUUUAAACGUGAUGCGAAUUUAAGAAUGCAUAUGAGAGCCCACGGAAAUAAGUAUAAGACAGUUGAGGCGUUAGCAAAACCCGAAAAAUCGGUUGAAACUUUUGGUAGUGUAGGAGGAGGAAGGACUAGGUUUUCGUGUCCUUUUAAUGGGUGUGUUAGGAAUAAGUUGCAUAAGAAAUUUAGACCGUUGAAAUCGGUUAUAUGUGUUAAGAAUCAUUUUAAGAGAAGUCAUUGUCCUAAAAUGUAUGUAUGCAAUAUAUGUAACAAGAAGAAUUUUUCGGUUUUGGCUGAUUUGAAAAGCCAUUUGAAGCAUUGUGGUGAAACGAAAUGGAAAUGUUCGUGUGGGACGAGUUUUUCUAGGAAGGAUAAGUUGUUUGGUCAUAUGGCUUUGUUUGAAGGUCAUAUGCCAGCUGUGCCCGGUGCUGAUGUAGCCGCGGUUAUACGAGAGGAUGAGAAGGUGAAAGGGGAGUCAGUAGUGGCACAGGCGCCUUUAAUGGAAUGGGGCGAUGUUAAUGAUGAAAUGGAUGAUAUGAUAUUUGAUGGAUUAGGUUCGAUUGAUGAUGGUUUUUCUCUGCAGGAAUUUCUUGGUACCGGUUCUGAUGGUGGUUUCGACUGGAAUUUGUAGGCCUUUGACAAGUUCAGGUAUAUGUGCUAGAUUGCAAUAUAUAUAUGUCAUUACUGUUAUUAUGACUAUUUGUUUGUUGUUGUAUAAAUUCGAAUGUAGUUGCUGCUACAACAUUUCUCGUCGUAUAAAUUUGGAAUAAAGUUAGGUUGUUUUAUGAGUUGCAA